CGAUGAGCCACGGCCAGGCACGCGGAGCAAGCCGCCCGGAGCCCGGGCAGGAGGCCCCGUCUCCUGAUCGCGGCCCGCAUAUGGGGCCAUGGCCAGGCUCCCGGGGCACCCGGAGGCCCCCGGCCCGGAACCUGGCAGCGCAGGUCGAGGAGGCCGAGGAGGCCGAGGCGGUCGAGGGGCCCGGGCUCGGCACGUCAUCAUCAACGUCGGGGGCUGCAGGGUACGGCUGGCCUGGGCCGCGCUGGCCCGCUGUCCCCUGGCGCGCCUCGAGCGCCUGCGAGCCUGCCGCGGCCACGACGAGCUGCUGCGCGUGUGCGACGACUACGACGUGAGCCGCGACGAGUUCUUCUUCGACCGCAGCCCGUGCGCCUUCCGCGCCAUCGUGGCGCUGCUGCGCGCCGGCAAGCUGAGGCUGCUGCGCGGCCCGUGCGCCCUGGCCUUCCGCGACGAGCUGGCCUACUGGGGCAUCGACGAGGCGCGGCUGGAGCGCUGCUGCCUGCGCCGCCUGCGCCGCCGCGAGGAGGAGGCCGCCGAGGCGUGCGCGGGGCCGCCGGGCCGCGGGCCGCAGAGGAGCCCGGCGCGAGCCCGAGGCACCGGGCGGCUGGAGCGAGGCCGACGGCGCCUGCGCGAUGUGGUGGAGAACCCGCACUCGGGCCUGGCGGGCAAGCUCUUCGCCUACGUCUCCGUGGCCUUCGUGGCCGUCACGGCCGUUGGCCUGUGCCUGAGCACCAUGCCUGACAUACGCGCAGAGGAGGAACGGGGCGAGUGCUCCACAAAGUGCCGCAACCUGUUCGUGCUGGAGACGGUGUGCGUGGCCUGGUUCUCCUUCGAGUUCCUGCUGCGCUCCCUGCAAGCCGAGAGCAAGUGCGCCUUCCUGCGGACGCCGCUUGCCAUCAUCGACAUCCUGGCCAUCCUGCCCUUCUACGUGUCGCUGCUCGCGGGCCUGGCGGCAGGGCCCAUGGGCAGCAAGAUGCUGGAGCGAGCCGGGCUGGUGCUGCGGCUGCUGAGGGCGCUGCGGGUGCUCUACGUGAUGCGUCUGGCGCGCCACUCGCUAGGGCUGCGCUCGCUGGGCCUCACCGUGCGCCGCUGCGCGCGCGAGUUCGGACUGCUGCUGCUCUUCCUCUGCGUGGCCAUGGCGCUCUUCGCGCCGCUCGUGCACCUGGCGGAGCGCGAGCUGGGCGCUCGCCGCGACUUCUCCAGCGUCCCCGCCAGCUACUGGUGGGCGGUCAUCUCCAUGACCACCGUGGGCUACGGAGACAUGGUGCCGCGCAGCCUUCCGGGCCAGGUGGUGGCGCUGAGCAGCAUCCUCAGCGGCAUCCUGCUCAUGGCCUUCCCUGUCACUUCCAUCUUCCACACCUUCUCGCGCUCCUACUCGGAGCUCAAGGAGCAGCAAAAGCGCUCGGCCAGCCCUGAGCCGGCCCUACGCGAGGACAGCACUCGCGACGACAGCACGCGUUCAGCCAGCGCCACCGAAGACAGCUCGCAGGACCCCGAGAGCAAAGGCGCGGCAGGGAGCUCGCCAGGCCGGGUGGGACCCUGAGCUGAGUGCUCUGUGAUAGCUGCUGGGGGUCAAAGCCUAGGAGAGGACAACAAGCGCUCGCUGACCCAGGAGUCAAAAACCUGGCCUGGCAUGUCCUCGCAGCUAGCUCGGCUCCCCAAGCAACCCCGAGCUUCACGUAGCGUGGAGGGAGGAUACAGCAGCCUGGUUUUUCUUUUUGCUUUUAUUUUCCCUCGUUUUAAAUUUUCUAUGGCUAAUUAAAAUAAUUAGAAAUUACACGUCUGAAGCAAAAGCCAGUCACCCUGGACUAAAUUUUGCCCCCCUCCCCCCGCUUUGCUCCUAAUCUCCAGGGAAGGGAGGAUAGCAUCUACCUUGUGUCCCUCAGUGGGCAUAGAGGGCUUCCGCUGGCAUCUGGCACUGCCAAUGUCCAUAUCACCUGCCAAGUGUUGGGGCAGAGGUUUGAUCGGGUAUUUAGCCCCCUAGUUCUGCCUAUUCAUCCUUUGCAGGGGGUGAAGUGAUUCUCAAUCUUGACCUCUGACCUCUGUUCCUCCAAACAAUCUCAAUCAGAUGAUAAGGCUGUUCAAGGUUUGCACAGUGGCCUUUUAACCCUUUCCCUGCCCUCCCUGGUCUAUAGAAUGGUUGUCUGUCUGCAGGUGAUGUUGGUACCUCUUCUGUUGGGAUGUUUCCCUCUGAUGUAAGGAGGCAGUUCAGGGAGAAGACUGAGGACACCUCUAGGAAGCUCCUGCUGGGACACUGGCAUGCAGGGGCAAGCAGGGCCUUUCUCUGCUCAGUGGAGGCAAGGGAAAUGGAAUUCUCCAAACCAUUUUGUGUUGCUCUUUUUUCAGCAAGCCCACGGGUGCUAGCACAUGCCCGUAACUGCAGCACUUGGGAAGUGGAGAGAGGAAGAUCAAAAGUUCGGUGAGCUCGACGCCACACCUGAAAUAGUCGUGGCCCUCGUCGUCAGAAGGGAAGGUCCUCCAUCUUCAGCCACCAUCUUGCCUACUACUUAGUAGCUCUCAGCAAGGCCCCUAUGUGAGCGACCCUGGGGCCCUGCACCACAGGCUUUGCAAGAAUCGACUACAACCAAAUAAACCUCCCAGGCCCUCCUCACGGCAGCAGGCUGAGUUCCUCUCACUUGGCUAUCACUUAUGUUUCCUGGGGUCAAUGCCGAGCCUAGGGCUAGAAAGAGGGUUUCCUGUGAUUUGGCCGGGGUGGGGGGGGGGGGAUGGCAAACACACAGGACAGAGCACCUCAACCUCUGGCUUUGUGAGAAUCCUUGCUGCUUCUACAAAAUGCCCUUACAGUGCAGUAAGCCCAGCCUCACAUGGUCCUCAUUCCCAGGGCAGAUGGGUGAUUUCAGGGUGUCAGGUGGAGAACCAAAUCCAGGACUUGGGAGUUUGGAUAUCCAUGGCAUGUCCCUGGGGUUAGGGGUGGCAUGGAGUAGCUAAGAUGCAUGCAGACGGGCUUCAUCUGUCAAGACACAGGGUAUGAGAGGUAAGGGUCCUGGGAAGAAAAACAGGUAACUUGAUCUUGCCAGCAGCAAGACCAAGCAAGGGACGGAAGCCAGUGAACUACACAAGAGAAUCUUGUCCCACUUCUCUUCAGAGCAUCCCCUUCUCUGGGAUCUUUGCACACACUGUUUGAGACAAAAGGAUGCUCAGCUUUCAGACCUGGAAACAGCUGCUCAGGACGGCCUUGGCCAAGCCUGGCUGAAACGUGGACCACAGCUCGCAGUUUGUUUAGCCCCUAGUAGCAGCUCUUUAUGGAGCAGAGCCCCCUUCUUCAUACUGGGCCCACAUCCACCAAGGCCAAGGCCAGCAGGGUCUUUUUAGGCACUUGUAGUGAAGGAAUGCAGAAAGUGCAGGGACCAGGAGAGCCAGAACUUCCUCCAAGAGGGGCAGAGCUAGGAGUUACCCAAGUGUACCUUGGGCUCAGGCCUGCCUCCCCAGCAUGCAAAAGAUUACCCAAGUGUACCUUGGGCUCAGGCCUGCCUCCCCAGCAUGCAAAAGAACGUGGGCACUGACCACACAGUGAAGGCGGGCCUGGACUUUCAAGGUGAACUGCCCUUUAUGUAGCAAUGGCCUUGGGCUUGCUUAGGGCCUCCUGUACCAGACUGGCAUUCAAGUGGGCUCCUGAUUGGCAGGGCACUGAUUUCCUCCAUGAAGAUCCCAGAAGUAAAUUCCAGGUUGCUGUUCCUUGGAAGUCAGGUAAGCCACGUGGAAUGAGCAAGCGAUCCAUAGUCAUCUGUCCGGAGCCUGAAAACACCCUCAGCCAAGGCAUCAGAAGCCACCCUGGGUUACCAUAUGGCAGGGCUGACAGCCAGCUCUGUUGAGAAUGGGCGCAGGGAAUGCCCUCUUGGCUAGACCACCAGCUCUGGGCUUCCUCUGCCUAUACAGACCAGGAGGACUCCCCUCCUAAAACCUUCUGGGAAGGGUACAGGGCUGGACAAGCUGUGGCCACAGCUCCCUGUUUGGCUUCAGGAAACAUGGAUUCCCCAGAUUCCUGACAGCCCUCCCAGGGCAUAGAUGAAGUCCAUGUGGGAACAGGUGACAAGACACCACGGAGCACGGGCUGCAUCCUUGAUGCCUGUGAUGCUAACAGUAGCCACAACCACAGCAACGACUGGGCUGGGUAAGGUGGCUCCUUUUCACACCCCAAGAGCUGGGCUGAGCUUGUAUGCUAAGAACUGAAGUGAGGUGCAGCCUCAGCGGUGCAGGCAGUGACGCCACAGCCUGCCAACACCCUGCCAGGCUAGAGAACAGAAGUCAAUACAUCGUUGAGGCCAGGCACUGCCUCACUCCUGAGCUUCUGUUUCCUCACUGCUAAACAGAUGGUCCAGAGUGAUCCCCAGACCUCCUGCUUCAACAGCUGGGGAACAAUCCCACUCAUGUCUGUAUAGCUCUGGCUUUCCUGGAACCCUCUUGCCCUCAUGGAGGACAAUUUGAGCCCAUCCAUCCCAGAAGUCCACAUUGUCCAGUGCCAAACAGAGGACCUCACCCACCCUAGACCUGGACCAGGUCCCUGAAAGCCACACGAGCCCUUCAGCCCAAAGCAAUCCUGAAUCUCCUACCUGAACCUAUGCCAGCAUCCACCUCCCAAACUAGUACCAGUCACCCUUCUCCCCAAACUCGUACCACUGCCCUCUACCCUCCAUCUCGGCCCCCUCCAG